AUGGCAGAAUAUAGUAUGGUUGAAAAUUUGGAGAAAGUGACCUGUUCUGAACAUAAAAGACGAAUGAAAGCAAUAAAUAUUGGUCCAAAUUUAUAGAAAGAAUAAAUAAUUUUAUGCGAAUACUGUGCAAUGAGUUAAUAAUGCUAAGAUAAUAAUGUAAUUGGAAUAGAAGAAAUCAAAUUCAAGAUUGAAAAUAAAUUAAGAAACAAUAGAGAAGAACUAUAUAUUCAUAUUAAUAGUGUUUUAAUAAAAAUCGAAGAAUUGAGAUGUAAGUAUUAAUUUAUAAAAUAAUCUGUCUUGCAGAAUAUUGAUUCAAUAUAAUCCUCUUUGUAAUUUUGGUAGGUUUAAACUUAAGAUAUGUAAAAGAAGCUUUUCGAAUAUAGCUUUUUUGAAGAAGUUGAAUAAAUUGCAAAUAAAAAAUAAAUUGAAUUUAAUAAAUAGAACUUUAUUGAUCAAAUAAAAUCCAAUAUAAUAGCAUUUCAAGAAAAAAUUAGCAAAAAACUAAAAGAAUUCCCCAAUUUUUAGGAGUUUCAUAAAGUAUUAGAUGAAAUUUUUAAAUAAAAUUAUUCAGAAAACAGAAAUUAAUAAACUAAGAAAAUAUAAAUUCAAGAAUCUAAAAUAUCUAUAAAUAAAAUUGGGAAUUUAGUAGAAUAAAAGGAAUUUUGUAAUUCUGUUGUUUUUAAUAAGCAAGGAUCAAUUAUGGUAUCUACUGUUGAAAGUUAGAUAAAAAUAUGGGAAUUUUAAAGAGGAGUUCUUAAAUUAGUUUAAACUUUAUAAGGUCAUGAAAAAUUUGUGCAAAUCUUAUAUAUUAGUAAUUUGAAUACUUAUUUAAUUUCAUGUUCAGAUUAGAUUAUAAAAUUAUGGAAAUUAUUUAAUAAUUGGUAAUGUUUAGAAACUAUUAGCCUAGGAUAAGUUAAUAUGACUUGUAUUCUAACAGAUUCAACAGAGAAAUUAAUAAUAUUUGGAAGCUCUGAUAAUUCGAUUUAAGUUUGGCAGCUUAAUCAAAAUAAUAAUUUAAGCAAAACAUGUAGUCUUAUGAAACAUAGUCGAUAAGUUAAUUCAUUGAGUCUAAAUUAAUCAGAAACUUUUUUAGUAUCUUGUGCAGUAUCUUGUGCAGUAUCUUGUCCACAAAACAGGGAUUAAAUUAUAGUAUGGGAAAAAACGAAAAGUAAAGAAAAUCCCUUUCAAUUCAAAUACUUUGUUAGAUAAAAUUUAGAUUUAAAAGGACCCUAAAUUAAAUUUAUAAAUAAUGAACAAUUUGUUUUAAUAAGUAGUGAUAAUAAUAAAGUACUAUUGUUUGAAGAUUGUAAAGGAGAAUUAAUACAAAAUUUUGGAAAGGAUGUUGAGUUAUCGACUAUAGGUAAUUCUGAACGUUUAUUUCCAAUUUAAUACAAUAUUUAGAAGAAAUUAUUAUAUUUCAAGAUCAAAUCUUGUAUCUAUAUCUUAGAUAGUAAUUUAUAAUUAUAAUCAUUUUUAAAAUCAAAUGGAGAGAAUAUUUAAGGAUGUGUGACAUAUGAUGGGAAAUAUUUAGUUUAUUGGGAUGGUAAAAAUAAAGGAUAUUCAAUAUUUGAAAUUUCAUAUAUAUGA